AGGGGUGACAGGGGAGGAGGGAGACGAGCCAAGUGCUCAAUGGCCGUCAGCAGUUUGAGUCGAUACCGUGUUGGAAGAGUAUCUAUAUCCCGAUGACCUCUCUAAGGGGUAUAGGAUGUCGACCUUUCUCCUCCUGCUCCUUGGAUUAACAACAGGAUGUGCGAGGGCCCAGGAUAGUAGCGAGGGGACCCCCGCAGCGGUCGCCGUUCCACUUAAAAAAGAAUUUCCGGACUUUCGUCUUCGCAUCCAAGUCAACCCAUUCAACCCUGCUCGGAGAGGACCUGGCGACCCCUGUGAGGAUGAAUGUUCCUCUGAUACCCAUACGAUCUGCGACAACAGCACCAAAACCUGCAAAUGCGACCAAAACUUCCCCGUAGCUAUAGAUCACCUUUACUGCCUCCAACCUGUUUUGUUGGGAAAGCCAUGUCUUCAUCAAAAACAAUGCCAGUUCAUCGACAGGCAUUCCAUCUGCCAAAAAUACACUAUCAACUACACAGAAUGUAUAUGCAGGGAAGAAUAUGAGAUUAAAACCCUAGAAGGCUUAGCCAUUCCUACAUUAUGUUUACCAAACCUACAGACCUUGAAAGCAGACGUUCCUACACUACUGGGUCUGGGUCUAGGCAUGUCCAUGUUGUCCGCCCUCAUCUGUUUUGUUCUCAAGAUCUUCGCCCGUGCCCGCUUUGCACGCCCACGUCGUUACGCGGACGCCCGCAUAAACCCACCCCUCACGGUCUCUGGUCAGCUAAGCCGAGAAGGUGAUCACCAUGGCCGCGUUGUGGGGUCACUUGCUCAUGGGCACAAAGUGUACGCCAUCCGCCGUCAGAGUUACCCGCAGCGGCGUGCCUCGGCGGCUCUGACCCUGCAAGCUCCUCCCCAUGCCGUAAUUCCCCAGAGGCCCUCCCUACAACCCCUGAGGGUGAUUCCUGAGCACCCUGGGGCAAUGCGACGCUCACAGAUCCCCCGGGGUGUCAGGUCUGCCCCAACCCUCCAGCAGCAGGACCCUCGCGAAACCUACGCAGCCUUUGCCCUCGCUGCCAAUGCAUCCACAAGCAGCAGUCCUGCCAGAGAUAGGCACAGCACUAUAAGAUCAGGAUCUAGGUCGGCAUCCUCCUCCAGAAGACCCUCUUAUAGCUCAAUUCAUCCUCCUAGACCAGGUACCAGGAGAUCGUCUCAAGCAUCCCUUCGGCUUGUGGCUGGAGACGGCAGAGGGGAACCAAUUGGCUACUACGUGUGCAUUAGAGAUCCAGUCUCCGUACAUUCUAGAGCAGGCUCCAGGCGUCCUUCACAGGGCUCUCUGGCUUCAAGAGCUUCCAGCUCUGGAGACCUCCGGGAGGGCCGCGUACAUCACUUCCUUUACAUGAGGGCCCCCCACCACUCCCUAACAUCAGAAACCAACACCACCACAACAGGCACCUCCGACUCCUCUCCCCGCACCCCCAAAAGCACAGAGCAACUAUUGGCUGUUUACCAUUCUGUUCCGGAGCACUCGGUGUUGGAGCUUGGAGGUGUGGGCUCUUCCCACACUACAUCUACCUUGGGCACCUCAAGUGAUGACGUAUUUCAAGAAGAAGACGAAGACGAAGAGGAGCAGGAGGAGCAAGAGGAAUCCAAGGCAAGGCUAAUUGUGUAAGAAGAGGAAAGGAUCAACAACAAAAGGAUUUCAGUGGAUAUAAGAGAAUAACAAGAACUAUUUCGCAGUCUUGGGAGAAUUCAUAGUCGAAUGAGAAUUGGAUGCCGAAAAAGAUAGCACAAAUGCAUUGGUGAUUAAACAGUUUGGGAAUUCAACCGAAGUUCACUUUGAAUAAAUGCAAAAGGCUCAAAAAGAAAUUUCCAUAUUGUACUUCAUAACGAAAUCCUUCGAAAUCCUGGUUUUGUUCAGGGAAGAAAUGAUGAAUAAGCAGAACAUCAGUCGAUUCAAAUAAGCAUAAAAUUGAACAUUGGACUAACUAUUCAAAUCCCUUUUAAUGAUGAUGCAAAGUGUCUAAAUUCAUAUUAUCACAGGAGUAAAAAAUCUAGUGAAAGGAUAAAAAAUUCUAGUAGAGUACACCACCCCUUUUUUUUAAAUAUACUGAACAAGGUAAUGAUUUGCUACAAGUGAUUUCCUAGGGGUUUUAACAAGCUCCUAGCGCGAGUACCUGGUCAUAUAUUUUGUGGUAUAUAUACCAAAUCUAACCUUGCAUAUAUACUACCUAUUUUUCCAAAGGUAAAAUUAGUCAGUAAUGAGAUGGGGCACAUUUUCCCCUGAGGGCUUCAACUCAAUUUUCCUUGUAACUUUCGAGAACUAACAAAGCCCCUCCCGUCUCAUAAAUAAUCAACUUCUUAGUCCAGUACUAUGUAUUUGAAAUUCUUUCAAUGUUAACAUUUACUAGCAAUUUCUAACUUUUUCCAUUGUUAUUUGCUGACACACCGAAAUGGCGAAUUUCCCAUUAUCUUAACCGGAUCAACAUUAGCAUUGAUUUUAUGGUCAUACUUGUCUACCGAUCUGUAAAAUUAACUGAACAAAUUUUAUUAAAAUGUUCUUAUUCAGUUAUUCAAAACGAUUGCAGACUAUUUCUUGCGGUCAAUAUAUUUGUUGAAUAUAAGAAAUCAAUCUGCCGGGGAUUACCAAAUCUCUAACUAGGCAGAUUGAAAGAGUGACGCUACAAAAAAAGGAAUGUCUUAUGUUUCCCUGACUUGACUUAAUAUCGUGGAGCGUUUUGGCAGUUUAUUAGAAAACUAGGGAAAACAUCAAUUGGAUGAUAAUCAUAGAUGUAGAUUAUUAGUUCGUUAGGUGUGCCAAAUCACAAGACCAAAAGAGGGAAACUUCUUUCACUUCGAGUCAUUAAAUUCUUCCAGACCGGAGUGAAAUGAAAUGAAAUGAAAAGAAAAGAAAGCCACCUUAGAAAACUGAAUAGACUACACUUAUUAGGAAAGGAUUUUUUUGUUCAUAUUUAUUAGUUAAUCAUUAGUUUGUAAAAGUAUUCAAGUAGGUGAUAAUGAUAGAUAAAACAUAGUCUGGCUGCAAUGAGUACUAUAGUCAAAAGAGAUUUUAUUUACAUCCAACUGCUGUUGACUUUGCUUUAUAGAAUGGGGAUUUGAUCACCUACAGGGUACAGAAAUCAGUCUUGUGAAUUGAAAUCAUUUGAGAGUUUCACUAUCUUCUUUUUAGUUGUUUCAGAUGGAAAACAGAAAAUCCGUAGGUACCCUUCUGAAGAUGAUAAAGGCUGUUAUGCAUUAAACAGAUAUAGCUGGGAUAUUAUUUCUAAACAUCAUAAGUUUUUCAUCAUUCUUUUUAUUCAUGAUGAAUCCCCAUUCCUCGCGCUUCAUUUUUAUUUUAGAUGGCGGGGUGCUGAGAGGAAUGGGCAUUUUUGGGAAACUACAGUCAGCACCCACCCAGAAAACUCAAACAAAUGAAAUGUUGAACAUUAAUUAAGGAAGUAAUUCCUUCCUUAAUUGAAUACGUCAUCCUUCAGAUUAAAUGCUUCCAGAUAGCAUUGAACCAUUUGUCUAUUCUGAGAGAGUCGUGCUUUGGAUCAUAUUUGAAUGGAAAAAUUGUUUGUCUUUUAAUUUUCUUUCGAAAAAUAGUAUUUAACACUAUCAAAUUGACAGGAUGACAACAGUAAAGACCAUUUUCACAAAUAAUACUCUUCAAGUUUAUCUAAAAGUAGAUAUGUCAAAGUGUUUCCAUUAAUUCAGAGUAAUUCCAUUACGCUUUGAUUUCCAUCUUUAUGAAUUUGAACUUCACUUUCAAAGUUUUAUCCCUGGAAGAUUGACCAAGUAAUUUAUAUAGUUCAUAAUCACUUUUACAAAGACUUUUCAAAGAUACAUCCCCCACCCCCCAAUAAUUGAUGCUACCAGUGGUGGCGUCUGAAGGAAGUGGGACAUGAUGGUGUUCAAUCAAUGUGACAUUGAAAAUUUCUCCUAAAAAGACGACAGCAAACCAAGUGUCACGUCCCUCGUCCUUCGUGUCCUCCUUUCUCUUUCGCGGGUGACCAACUAGAUAUUUUAUCCAGGAGUCUUUUUACAUAAUAAAUGUGUGGGUCUUCUUAAAAAAAAGGCAUUAGACUUUUUUUUUUUUUUUUUUUUUUUUAGAUCUAGAGGAAGAUUGUAGUUUGUUUUCUGAAGUAGAACUGGGGCUAUCACUUGAACAAUUAAAGAAUAAACACACUCCUUUUCCUCCCCUCCCCAAAAAUAGCACUGCAAACUAAGUCAUUUUUUUCCAUACUUGGUAACCCUGUUAGCUUCAAGCAAUAAGGAACAAAUUAUUUUAGCUGUUCCUCCUGAUCUUUUAUUGAAUAGAAAUUUCAUUCUAGUACCUGUAGACGAUUGUAGUCAUCGUAUUACACAAAUAGACUGCCUCAAAUACAUAAUCAUUUUUUAUUCAACUUUGUAGUACCUGCUGAUAGUCACAAGAAAAGGCACCAGUUUCAAGGUCUAUUUCAGAAUUUGCGCCGCAGUCUUCUAUUGGCUAGCAAAUGGACCAAAUACAGUGUUCCAGCUCCAAAUGAUGAUUUCAAAGAAAAUAAAGUCAAUUCAUUAAGGAAGGUGUUCCAGAAGAAAUAAUAGAACUACACAGCACUUUUUGAAUUUAGUUUCGAGAGCGAUUGUUUAUCAGAUGUGUUAAUCCCAGAAGAAUGAGUUAGUUAGAACGUUUAGUUGAGUGAGGAAGAACAAGAAAACUGCCUAAGUUAAAGAGGACAAAGGAGACUGCUCUUAAAAGACAUUUACCAGCUCUGGGAACUUCCUAGGAAUAGCAGUAAGGUCCUUUAACAAAUGUCUCCUACAUACAGGGUAAGGUGGCGAGGUCAAAUAGUAACAUAGGAUAUCCGUGGAAGGGUCGAGGUCUCCUUUAUGCCUCUUUCAUCUUCAUGCAUGAUGGAGCCCUCGAACAAUCCUGAAGCCUAUGGGACAAGUCCUGCCUCAUAAAUCUUCCAUAUGUGGUGCUGCCAUAUGCACGAAAUUGUCUCAAAUUUCAUGUUAGGUUCCAUUCUUGACCCUAAUUCACCCAAGGAAGAGCUUAAGUGAAAUUAGUCCAAUUUCUGUGUAUGUGUUGGUUUGAUCUCGUAUGGAGGCCAGAAGCCUGAGUGUCCCUCAGAUUAGUGCACCUGAAAUUCAGAAUCUGUUCAGACGAAACCUUGAGUGGCUUCGGUACAAUGGGCUCAGCCGGUGCCAGGACUGGGCUUCGUGCUUUUGAUCAUUUCGCGUUACAACGUGUUAGGUUUGUUGGUCAGUCGCAUCAUCAGCAGUUCAUCCGGUGCUUUGGCUGCAUAACGUCUAAAGGCAAAACCUUUCUAGGCUCAUUGUCAAAAUCAUCUCGCGUCCAUUGAAGAUUUGUCGUAGAGACAAAUUUUUCUUGGAUCCUUUAAUAAGAUUGGUGAAACAUUUGAGGUGAAAGUUAUCACAUUAGCAUUGCAGCUUUUAAAUACUGAGUGAAGUGUUCAUGAAUGACCAUAUGACAUGUUUAGAUGUGUAAGGUUCUAUCUAUACUUUCAUGUGUAAUAUACUCCCUUUAUCUGUAGACAAUCCUAAAAUAUAGAUGUAAAAGCUAUGUAUUAAGUGUGCCAAAAUGUUUAGUUGUCAGUCUAAAGAUGAUGUUUCAGAUGUACCGACUAACUUGUAUACACCCUCGCUUCUAGUUGAGACUUCAUUGUACUAUGCGUCGAAAGUUGGAUGGCGCUCAAAUUGUAUGUUACAUGUGGCAGUAUAUAAGAAAUUAUUUGUCUGUUUCAUGUAGUACAUGUUCUUAGAAUACAAUAACAAUUUUAAUAUUAUUAUAUCUAAAAAUAAAAAAAAAAUAAGGUCUUCACUGCAAGAUGAAAAACGCUUGUGGUGAUAGGCAAGACUCAGUCAAUGAAGGAGGGUUGGCAGAUACUUUUUUUCUCAAAGAUUUUUGGGCACGUUCGAAGUGGUUUUUUAAGGUUAGGAGAUUUGUGAAUUAUACAAGUUCACGGCCUUCUAUCCCAUUCCCCAUGCGCUUAUUACCCAGUUCAAAUGGGCUUCAAUUCUUAAAAAUUACCUUGAGGAAAGAGGAGGAGUGGCACUUGCCUUGGUCGUGGGAGACCAGUAGCUCAAGUACUGUUUCUGCAUUUAAGAAUAUUAGUAUUAAUAUGAGUGACCUCCUGCAUCUAGGUAGUGUUUAAGAAUUGGAGUCAAAGUCUUCCGCUCUCUUCCACUCUUGUGCAGACUCACUCGUAAAGACCCUUAGAAGUCUUGAGUUUGGAGUUGGAAUAUGAGCAAAAGAAGGCGUCAUGAACUCCUCUUCUUGGUUUCUUUUCAAGAUUUUGUGAAAGAGAAAAUAUGUAACAGGAUAGAACGUUGAAAGACCAAAUUGACUAUGGUGUACUUUAGCACUUGGGAUGGAUAGUACAGUUCAAAACAGAGAAAGAAUUAGAGAUGGAAGAAGAAAAGACAGAAAAUGAUAAGAAAAUGAGAAAGGAUUGAUAUGCUGAUGAGUUAUAAAAAGCAAUGGAGAGUACCAAUGAAAGACACUUCAAUUCUUGUAUGGCAUCAUGCCAGCAGACUUAACACCCACAUCCUCCCACCGUGGACGGACUCACAUGUUUUACAUGUCUGGCCACAAUGCCAUGAUGCUGUAGUCUUUGGGUCAUGUUUGAGACCCCAUGAAAUGCCAUGGCAAGAGGAUAUUAAGCAUGUGGGUAUUAGUUAUGGGUAGAAAUACCCAGUUAUCAGAAAUAUGUAAGUCUGCUGCUGCAGUUGCAGGUACCAGCGCUUCGUUUUCUUUGCAGUUGCUAUGCUACUGCUCAGUAUGCAUGGGAUAUAAAGAAGGAAGCAACGAAUAAUACUACUGAUAUGAGAGACAUCGCAAAUGGUUUUCAUAGAGACACUAGAGGACUCUGAGCUAAAGAAUGACGAAAUAGAUUCCGUUGUACAUGAGUGUUGUCGAGCCAGUUUGUCUCCCCAGUGCAUACAAGUACAAUAUUCAACCAUUUCGUGCUA